AUGGCGUCCAUCUCAGUUCCCACGACGGCCCAGCUCUCGGGAUCACUGCGGCUGCCACCGAGCCACGCGGUAACUAAAAAGCUCAUCUCCCGCCUCUCGCGGAAGUCCCUUGUAGAGCUCGCCCUCUCGUGGUUGGCUCAGUCGUCCGACGCUUCAUGUGCUCCCUACCUCAGCCCACAGGACCACGACGAAAGCAUGUACGAGGCGUCGCAGUCCCUCGAGGCCCUGCGCGACAUCUACAGCAGCAUGCUCGAGUCCGGAAACAAGGGUAGCAAGCAGGAGGUCGUGGAUCGCAUCCUCGAAGGCGACUGGAGGAUGGGCUUGACGCUGCACCAGCUCGCCAUGGCGGAUAUGCAGCACCUCCACGACCGCCCCCUUUCGCUGCGCUGGACCGCGUUUCGGACAGUCGCGCUCAAGAUCAGGGAUGCGCACGGCGACGACGGGGAGCUGGCGAUCGAGGUGGACAAGGAAAGCCUGGUCGUGCCGAGGUUCCACCCGACCACGUUCCUGAGGAACCUCCAGGCCCAGCUGCCACCCGACGUCAAGACGCACUGCGCAUUCGAGCGCCACAAGGAUCUUCCCAUCCUGCUCUUGAGGAUAUUCAUCUUUGAUUCGCCCUACGGCACGAACCUAGUCGCCGGCGACUCGAUCCCGCCAAACUUUGACGCUUCCAGGACCGUCUACCUUGCCUUCCCGGAUGCGUCUCCGUAUGUCUAUAUCAGUAACGCCGCGACGGUUGCGGGCAGUGUUUCCAACAGCGACGCAAAGAGCCUGCGGGCCAUGGUUGUCGAGAGCGUCCCCAAUGCGCUGUCGAGGCCCGGGGAGCGGUAUACGCUCAAGUCGACGAGCCUGGUAACCAAAAACCUGUCGGAAUUGGUCGAAAGGAGAGGUGGCGGUCGUGCCAACGCGGCCGGUGGCGGCUGGGCAUUUUACGCCGACUCACGGAGGAAGGAGAGCCCAUUGGACGUCAACUUGCCGACACCGCCGCUUUCAGACGAGGAUGCGGACGGCGGGGAGACGAAGAGAAAGGCCGGAUGGGAAUCCGAGGAACAAAAGGCACAGAAGAGGCAGAGAUUGGUCGCGCUGGCGAGGUUUGGAGAGUCGGCCAACAUUGACGACGGCUUAGGGGUCGAGAGGGUGGACGUCGUGAUCGAGGACCCUUUCCCGGAUGCAGCAGCUAGUGGCUCCGAUGUGCGACCUUUGCAAGCAGGCAAUAGUAAACCCGACCGCCGACGGAGCACGCUUGAUGCGGCACUCCAGCGAGAGGCGGAACUGCGCGAUGAAGAGGAAGACGCAUCGGUCGACGUGGGCACACCGAAAUGGUGCCCAAGGAUCAAACUGACCUUCCAAGGGUCACACGUUUUCGCAGGCAUAAGGCAACUGGUGGAGGCGGGUGCCAUUGAUGGGGAACGGAUGCCUGGUUGGAUGACGGGCGAGGAAGGUGUCACGAUCGGGGCUGUGAAAUACGGUCGUAUAAGAGGGCACAAAGGGUCAGGUCUAUGA